CUGUCCCCUUUCCUCCAACCCAACGGCUUACUUUGAAGGAAGUAUUUGAGAAUGGGAAACCUAAAAUUGAUGUUUUGAAAAACCAUUUGGUGAAGGAAGGGCGACUGGAAGAGGAAGUAGCCUUAAAGAUAAUCAAUGAUGGGGCUGCCAUCCUGAGACAAGAAAAGACUAUGAUAGAAGUAGAAGCUCCAAUCACGGUAUGUGGUGAUAUUCACGGACAAUUCUUUGACCUGAUGAAGUUGUUUGAAGUUGGAGGAUCACCUAGUAACACACGCUACCUCUUUCUGGGCGACUAUGUGGACAGAGGCUAUUUCAGCAUAGAGUGUGUACUAUUUUUAUGGAGUUUAAAGAUUAAUCAUCCUAAAACAUUGUUUCUGCUUCGGGGAAAUCAUGAAUGCAGGCAUCUUACAGAAUAUUUCACCUUCAAACAGGAAUGUCGAAUCAAAUAUUCUGAACAGGUGUACGAUGCAUGUAUGGAUACAUUUGACUGUCUUCCUCUUGCCGCCCUCUUAAACCAGCAGUUUCUGUGUGUACACGGAGGGAUGUCACCUGAAAUUACCUGUUUAGAUGACAUUCGGAAAUUAGACAGGUUUAAAGAACCUCCAGCCUUUGGACCAGUGUGUGACCUGCUUUGGUCUGAUCCCUCUGAGGAUUACGGCAGUGAAAAGACCUUGGAACACUAUACCCACAACACGGUCCGAGGGUGCUCGUAUUUUUACAGUUACCCUGCAGUUUGUGAAUUUUUGCAGAACAAUAAUUUGUUGUCUAUAAUCAGAGCCCAUGAAGCGCAAGACGCUGGGUAUCGAAUGUACAGGAAGAGCCAAACGACGGGUUUUCCAUCACUCAUCACAAUUUUCUCUGCCCCCAACUACCUAGAUGUCUAUAACAAUAAAGCUGCUGUGUUAAAAUAUGAAAACAAUGUCAUGAAUAUCAGGCAGUUUAACUGUUCUCCGCAUCCCUACUGGCUUCCGAACUUUAUGGACGUUUUCACGUGGUCUUUGCCUUUUGUUGGGGAAAAAGUCACAGAGAUGCUGGUUAACAUUCUCAACAUAUGCUCAGAUGAUGAAUUGAUUUCUGAUGAUGAAAUUGAAGGAGGCACUACGGUUCGGAAGGAGGUCAUCAAGAAUAAAAUCAGAGCCAUUGGGAAGAUGGCACGGGUCUUUUCAAUUCUUCGGGAAGAGAGUGAGAGCGUGCUGACUCUCAAGGGCCUGACUCCUACAGGUACACUCCCUUUGGGUGUCCUCUCAGGAGGAAAGCAGACUAUUGAGACAGCCACAAUAGAAGCCGUAGAGGCCCGGGAAGCCAUCAGAGGGUUUUCGCUUCAGCACAGGAUCCGGAGUUUUGAAGAAGCCCGAGGUCUGGACCGAAUUAAUGAGCGGAUGCCACCCCGCAAAGAUAGCCAGUACUUUGAUGGGCCAGUGAAAUUGGUAACCCCUGUCCCAUCAAACGCUGCGCACCGGAGUGACAAGGGAAGAAGAGCCAGUAAUGACUCAGAGCCCUGCUGUGGCACAGGCGGAUCCAAAACUUAAGAACAGAUUUUAUUUAUUUAUUAUUGGAAAACAAAACAAGAACAACUUAAACAACUUAAACCUGGAGGUGCAUUCAUAAUACACUCUGCAUUUAUUCUGUAAGAAAGGUGACCAUUUUAUAAAUUCUUUUAAUUUAUGUUUAAUAUAUAUAAAAAGUGCAUCUCUUUUAUUUUUCCCUUUUUUCCCCCCUAAUUUUUAGGAAUUGAUCUGAUUGUCUGAUAUAUAUGUGAAGUCUUGUGCUAUAAAGGGGUCCUUCCCCUAAUAAAAGGGCCUUGGAAACCUCCACCCUGGGUUUCUGACUUGAACUAGCCAACCUUUUCUCUUGUGUUUGGAGGGUAAUAUCUUUCAUUUCAGACUAAUCACUUUUCAAACACAAAGGGGUUUUCCUUUUCUUUUUUCCCUUCCUGCAGGGUACCGCUGACAAACGCUUAGAUGUCAGUGGCUAAAACAUCUCUUCUUACGGAAAACUUGAUUAUAGUAGAACUUCUAAGUGAAUAACCCAAACCCAGUGAUUUUAAGGGCCAAGGGAAAUGUUUUCCAUAAUAACCCACUUUCUUCUAGACUCUCAGUUACUCUUAAUAUAUUCUAGCAAGGCAGAAUAAAAAGUAAGGAGGGGUUUUCAAAGAAUUAACUUAAAAUUUGUUCCAGUCUAACCAUGGGCAUGAUGGAUUUAAACUUCCCUUAGGACUUCAGAGAUUUCUUAAAUGUUGCCAGAUCCUUUUGCUUCUUAUUUUUGAACCCUAGGUGAUUUAGCCCAUCUGCAAAGGAAGCUACCUUUCUAAAUAUUUCCUAGAGGCCCUCUGUAGAACCUUCAACGGUAAGAAGUACCUACGCCUCUUGGUGUUACUGUCAGCUCUCCCAUCUGCUGUCCCCGUGACCCUGGUGCCCUGUGUUUUUCUUUGUCAGCAUUUUUGAAAGCAACAGGGGUGAUGUAAACUGACUAGGUUAGAAUGGCCCCCUUAUGAACUGGAAGUCUUGCUAAGGGGCAUUGGAUGAGUGAGGAUUUCCUACCUACCAAUUACUGGGGUAUUUCUCGUUUCUCAGCACUCGUUAGGUUGAACUGUCUGUCAGUCUCUGUCAGCAUAUUUCAGAAUGCAAAACCGAGUGUUCAGAUAGAAUAUCUGAAUAAUCUUCCCUUAGUUUUUCAAGUCACAGCUAACCCAUGAAGGACAUUUCAGGGAUCUUUAGGCUCCCAGUUUUGGUUUAGCCUGGUGACAGGUGCCAUGUCGUAAUACUCACUGGUCAGUUUUGCAGUGAAUGUGCGUGUUUGGGCAGCACUACACCAAAGUGCAUAUUUAUGGAAUUCCUUCAUGUCAUUUGGGCUGUGGGAGUCCAGCACUGAAGCAACACUCUCAAACGGUAUGUCGGAGCUUCAGGGACACCAGAGACCUUUUUCAAAAAAAACCCUGUAAUUUUAUUAGAAGAGUGAGGAUUUAGCCCAUCUGUCUCUGUUUUCCUAUGCCUCGUUAACAGUUCCUCAUUUGUUUAUGACAGAGAUCAAAGCAUUUUGGGGACUGGAAUCUGGUGGCAUAGAUUGCUCUGUUAAUUAAAAACAAAAAGAUAGGAAGGAUAUUGGGAAGGAGAUGAAAGAUCCCUUAUUGGGCUGUGAGUGAGACCUGUGAAAGUGGGGAGAAAAAAGCCGUGUAUACUUGUCCUUGCUGGUCAUCGUAUCUUUAUAAUCAAAGGGGAAUUCGUCGCCUGGAUAUCCUCGUGCUCCUUCCUCCCCCAAUCCUAAUAUGGAACCGGCCGCUCUUUUGGGAACCACACCUGAUGUGAAAGUCAGUUCACGUGACAGGUUGGAAACAUGGGAGUCCCUGGUCCCUUUCUCUUUUCCAUUGAGGACAGUCUGUGGAUAGAAACGUCAGGCUUCAGUCUCAAGGGCUACAAUCAACAGACAAAUAGUGACAUAGUUAUUACAAAUCCUCACAAGCAAAAAAAAAAAAAAAAUUGCAUUAAGACUUAGGAAGAUCUUCAUUUUCUUCUCAAAAUGAAAGUAUUACGGUAAAGUGAUUUUCGUUGACAGAGCCACGUGGAAAGAUGCAUUUUACAGGUACCCUUUGAGCGUUGCAGCAUCAGCUUAAGUAGGGAGUUAAGAAGUCAUGAUUCAAGAAAAUUGGAGGGGGGUUUAAAAGAGCACAAUACAGCUCUUGAAGGAAGUUAGGUUUAAAAAUCCUGUUGAAUUCUAAACAUAAAGGCAUUUCUUAUGCACUAUAGAAAGCUAGGAUAUGUAUUUCAACACUUGAGAAAGUUGUAUGCUAAGUGUGUCUAUGUGACACAGGUAACUUCUUAAAGCCAGACCGGAAAAUCAGUGCACUUGCACAUACAUUUGCACCUGUGACUCAGGACAGUUCAAAAGGCAUGAACCAGGGUGGGUGUGGGCAGUUACAGCUCAGUGGUAAAGUGUGUGCUUAGCGUGCAUGAGGGCCUGGGUUCAAUCCCCAGUACCUCCAUUUAAAAAGAAAAAAAGAGUAAUUAAAAAAUAAACUUAAUUACCACGCCCCCCCCAUUUUUUUUCCAAAAAAAAAUAAAUAAAAUAAAAGGCAUGAACCUUAGGGAUAUAUUGUAAUAAUAGUGCUUGUUCUUCACUUCAGACAUCAUUGCAAGGUUUUAACAUAUUUUUUAAUGUUUUCAUCUAAACAGUAGCCCCUGAGAUGGCUGGUGGCCUGCCCUAGGUUUGCCCUAGUGCUCCCUGGGGCCUGGUGGUCUGCCUGGGACCAUCAUUUCAGACCAACAUUUUAACUGCUGUCAGCGCUCUGCAGUGUUGCUGUUUCCAAAGCCUCUUCUCUUUUUACUAAAUCUCCCCCUGCAUAUUCUAAAGAUACUAAAAAUACUUUUCUCUUGCUCUCCUUCACUUUAAGGUCCACAGGGACCUUACCCUCCCUCAUUUUGGUGGGGGAGGGGGCGACACAUCUCACAUCAGUUCCCUAGACCUAUCAGAGGGCCCCUGUGUAAACUUCUUUGAAAUCCCGUUUUAGAAACGACACUUCCCAAGGACCAGUUCUCCCAGUUUUGUUUACAUCCAUAUCAUACGAAAUUUCCAACUGAUGAGAUGACAGUUCUUGUUAAUAAAAUGUUUUAAACUCAUCUAACACAAGUUCAAAACAUACAUCCUUUGUUAUCUCUGUGUUCUGAAUAUUUAGAGCAAAAGCAAAAGAAUAAGCCGUGUGUGUGUGUUUGUGUGUGUGUGAGAGAGAGAGACAGAGAGACAGAAUGCUAACACAAAAGCAUCCUGUUUUCUUUAAAACCUCAAGGUAGCACUUUGGUCACGGGUACAGACAUCGGUGACUCGCUGGCCUUUUGUCACCGGAACAGUGAAAAUGGCUUAUCGUACCGAUGUGCUUGAUGGGGCUUCUUGCCUAGGGAUAGCAGGAUCAGCCUCUCCAGGGAUGUCGGCAUUUUUCAUACCCUUUUAUCUAUAUUUAUGUUGCCUUUUCUGUCUUGCAGUUCAAGGAAGCAGGUUUAUCUCAAAAGCAAUGAUUUGCUUUCUUAUCCUGAUAACUUAGGUAUGAUUUCCUGACACUGUUCAAAAUAGGAAAAGAAAAGCUCUUACUUGUUUUGUAAACUGUAUAGUAUUAUUUAAUGUCAUUAAGGAACAAAGGUGGGAUUUCUUUGGGGACUUGGCAUUUUCCCUUAGAUCCUGUUCUGAGUAAUUUUAAGACCCAAAGUUUCAGGCAGCUGCUCUCUAUGAGAAAAAUAUAAAUCAUGCCUACAUGAGAUACAGGGAGGGGAGGGGAUAGCUCAGUGGUAGAGUGUGUGCUUAGCAUGCACAAGGCCCUGGGUUCGAUCCCCAGUACCUCUGUUUAAAAAUAAAUAAAAUUACCCCCCAAAAAGAUAAAAUUUUUAGAAAGUCUGCCCCCUCACUGAUCGAAGAUGAUGGCAUAUACAUUGUGUAUCUGUUUCCCAAAUAGGCACAAAAUAGUCACUCUCUGCCAUUGAUACAUUCCUUUCACAACAGCAAAAAAUUGUCUCUCCAGCCUCUCAGAGUGAGUAAGGCUGAAGUCUGUUCCCUCUUCCCUCCCUUGUUUUAUGGAAAUAUGGUAGCUGAUCUCCAGAAUUUUUGACUAUACCAUGUCUUUAAAUGUAAAACUCAAGCUCUUGAGAAUUAAAUUCUUCCUGACCAAUCUGGGUGACCAGUUGGUUAAGAUGGUUUAGGAAAAGCUUGUACCAGAUUGACUGAUUCAUAGUUUUUCUUUGUAUCAAUUCUCAGGUUUUUCUCUCCAGUUUUUGAAUUGAAAAUUAUUUUCACACCCAUAAAGGCUGGUUGAGAGAUCAUUCUGGAAUCUCCAGUAUUUAGUACAGUUGUUAUAGAAACAGUGGAACCCAAAUUUUUUUCAAAGCAUUAUUCAGCUUUCCCUACCCAGGAAGACUUCAGAGGGAAGGUGAACCCAGGGUCCCGGCUGUGGGAGUCAGGCUCUAAUUUCCUAAGUCAUUUGUGAUUAAAACCACGGAUACCACCUUGUCUGGCACCCAGGUCCACAUUUUUUCUGAAAUCUGCUGUAAGAGAGAGUAAAGGGCAGCCCUAGGAAGCCCCAGCAAUAGCCAUUGGAGCGUUUGGAUUACCUGGGAGACAGUUCCGAAGCGUCGUAAUGCCACAGCCCCUCUUCAGCACUGCUGUGAUCAGACGCUCCUGGGAAGGCCGUAAGAAAGAGCAGAUGUGUGUAGAGGGAGAAAGCUGGGUAGUCGAAACACAGGGUUGUUACUCCCAUCUUGAGCUGAGCAGAGAACUGCGUUAACAGUAGAGCUUUGUGCCGUUGACAGAGUGUGAAGGAGGGACAUGACAGUGAGACUUGUGACCUGACCUGCCUCUGUGCAGCCAGCCAGAGUGAAUGGGGUCAGGGUUAGCUGCCUCCGUCUAUGCAGUCACAAAGGUAAAGAUGAUACUGGAGAGCAUUUUCCCUCCCGGGGGGCCGUGGCCUCACACCCCAGCAACCUGGGCAAGACUUGCUAAAUAACACCUUUGUCCGAGACAGGAUUAUGCAUCUGCCCCUCUUCUGCGCCCUCAUGACAAGUCUAGGUGGCUUAAGAUCAAGAAGGAAGGACAUGGACGUGGACCAUCCCUGUGAGCAGCUCUAGAGGAGGGCCAUGCACACUGCCUUCCUGUAAGUUCUUGCCCAGAUUCCCUUCACUCCCUUGACAUAACUGUCUCCAAAUAACUUUUUUUUUGCAUGUUAAAGUGAAGUGCAUGUAAUAGGGAACAGGUCUACUGUAGGUUUUGAUUUAUGGCAAUAAAGAUGCGGGUUUUGUCUGUCAAAGAAAAGUACUUUGAAGAUACCAUCGUGAACCCCUCACGUUUGUUUCCUUUCUCAGCACAUUGUGACCAUUCACUCUGUUUCCUAACAGGAAUGUCAGCAGGCAUUUCCCAAGAACAGAUUCUGGUUUUGCUUCCUUAAAUGAGAUGGUCAGACAUGAGACUAUCUGGUGGUAUAAUUUUUUUAAGGCUUGUCUGAAUGAUGGAUUACUUACUUGUGCUUGAAGAUUACUUGCUUUUUCUUGCUUUCAGUUAUGUUAAAGCAAAUGGUGGAAAUGUUACUUAUCGGCUGGAAUCAUUUAAAAAUUAGUCUUUUUUGUGAACAAGAAAUUAAUUUGUUAACACUUUCUUACUGUAAGUGGAAGUCAUCUUGGGGAAAAAAAAAAACACUCUUAACAUUAAAUGAUAACUUUAUUGGC